ACCUAACGCUACUCUUUCCUCUUGUUCCCCACCUUGUGCCUCCUGGGAGGCCGUCGUCGCCACAGUUGGCAUCGCCUUGAGCCGAAGGAUGCAUUGCCAUAUGCUGCUGGGCAGGUUGAAGGCGGGAUUGAACUACUGUAUUCGGUUUGUGAGGAGCUUUACGGGACAUGACAGUGCCACACUACCUGCUAAUAUGCGGGACAUGCUCUUCUUUCUGCCGAAGGGCUCGUGCCCAGACGACUCGAGCCACGGAGUCACUCAAUCUGCUGACACUAUUCGGCCGCUUGCCCUGUGCGACGCCGAUGCCAAGAUCAUGUCCCUUGCGUUUGGCUCAUCACUUGCCGAGUUGUCUGUCAACACGGUGCACCACGAUCAGAGGGGAGGGCUUAGAGGGAGACAGAUAUCAUCAAAUAGCGUGGUUGCCGAUCGGUGGGAUGGCCAGCAGCACCUAGGCGGUGCGCUACACAAUUUGCAGCUACUUACUGAUUGGGCAGUGGCGUUUCCAUCGAUGCACAUUGUCUGGAUAUUGCAGGUGCUUGCCACCAUGGGUGUGCCAAGGCCACUCGUUUUUCUGUUGCAUUGUAUGUUGCCAAUAUUGAGACGAUUAUGA